AUGUCUUUAGACGCAACAAAUAACCCCAUGGCCAAGCAAGCGCCGAAAGAUGAGGUAGACCCGGAGUCCCUCGUUGGCCUGGAGUCGGGUGGUAGCGUGACGGUUGUAUAUGGCAUUCUCGUUGUCCUGUUUGCACUUGGAUGCUCUGCUGCGAGCAUGGCCGAGCUAUCCAGUGUAUAUCCCACUGCAGGGGGUCCGUACCAUUGGGCUUCCAUCCUUGCUCCAAAAAAAUACCAUCGAGUGAUCAGUUACGCGUGCGCUGCCUUCAACAUUUACGGAUGGCUGUCCAUUUGCGUCGGCGUCACUGUGCAAAUUGGAACAUUUGUCAAUGGGAUGCGCGUGUUCUAUAACCCUAGUCUUGACCUUCCUGUCUGGCACAACUUUCUGUACUACCAAGCCACGAACAUUGUCAUUCUACUUUACAAUAUCUUCGCUCUCCGCAGGACACAAUGGAUACAUAGUCUUGGAGCGGUGUUUUCGUUGGCCGCCUUCGUCGCCGUCUUCGUCACCAGCCUGUCCCGCGCCGAGAGCUACAGCUCAAGUUCAUUCGUUUGGACAUAUUACCCUGGCCAUGAGUGGACCUGGGACUCUCGCGGGCUGGUGUUCUUGACCGGCAUGGCGAAUCCAAAUUUCAUGUAUGCCGGGAUCGACGGGGCCAUUCAUUUAGCAGAGGAAUGCACUGAUGCCACCACGACCGUUCCCAGAGCUUUAUUUAGCUCGAUUGUGAUUGGCUUUUUUACUGCCUUUCCCUUUGUUAUUGCCAUGCUCUAUUGUUUGACGGAUAUUGACAAAGUAAUGGAGGAUCUUACUGGAGUCCCAAUAUACGAGAUAUGGUAUCAAGCGACGAGAUCCCGCGAAGCAGCAACCGUUUUCGUAACAUGUCUCCUCAUGGUAGCCCUCUUCGCAUUGAACGCAUGCCAGGAGGUCGCCUCACGCUUAACCUGGGCAUUCGCCCGCGACAAUGCACUGGUCGGAUCCAAGCUGUUCGGCCAUAUCAACAAAAGGCUCAAAGUGCCCGUCUGGGCCCUCGCCGGUAAUGCCUUGGUUAUCUUCAUCAUCGGCUGUAUCCAGCUUGGCUCGUCGACCGCAUUCGAGGCGUUCGUAGGAAGCGGAAUGCUGCUCCAGCAGUGCGGUUUCGCCAUUCCAGUUGCCCUGCUCCUGUGGCACAAACGGUCAGAUCAGGUAUUGGCGAGGAAUAGGAACGUUCGCCUAGGACCGUUUGGAUGGUUGGCCAACAUCGUGACGGUGCUAUUUGCAAUUCUGGUCACCGUCAUGUAUUGCUUUCCUGUCCGGCUUCCUGUGACGGGAGGAAACAUGAACUAUACCGCUGCUGUUGUUGGGGUUAUGGCUAUCUUUGCGGUGGUGAACUGGUUUAUUCAUGCGAACCGUAACUUCCAGGGACCCCGACUGCAGGGUGGAUUCCUGCAUUGA